GCCAUGGCCUCUAGUAUACUACUUUACAGAUCACACACUAACGCCACACACUACACAACGAUGUAUUAAGUAUGAUUAUUAGACGAGGUUGGGCCCAUUGUGGAGCCCACGGGCCUGAUUCGCAAAGAAGCCUUCUCUUCAGAAAAGACGAGACGAGACGAGCGAGAUCUUCAUUCCAUUUCUCAUUUUAAAUAAAAUCGCGUCUUCUCCUCUGUAUUGAGACAUGGCCGAAGAAGAGGAAGAAUCAGAGCUCAGCGAUAAGCAGAAAGUGGAGAUCGCGAAAUGGUUCCUCCUCAACUCUCCUCCCGGAGAAAUCCAAUACGUUGCCAAAGAUGUGAAAUCGAUUCUCAACAACGACGAUUUGUACAAGGAAGCCGCUUCCGAGGCUUUUCCCUAUUACAACAAAUCGCACUUGAUUUCCAUUCCAAUGCCCAACCGAAGCGGAGACGUACUGGUUACUUCGUUCGGUGAGCUUGAGGGUAAUGCAUUUCUUGAACCUAGGACUGCGCAAGUUGCAAUUGUUGACCAUGCUAAACAAGUUUGUACAGAGGUGAGACCUGCCACAGACGAAGAACUUCCAUCUCCAUAUAUUGAAGAAUUUCGAUGCAAUCUGGAUGCUGAAACACUUAAAUAUGUUGAAGAAACUUAUCCAAAAGGUUUCUGCUCUGUCUACUGUGUGAGUGGGAAGGAUGUAGAGGGCCCAGGUGCUGAUUUCGAGCUUGCUGUGGUGAUUUCUGCUGCUAGGCAUAGCCCACAGAAUUUCUGCAACGGAAGUUGGUGUUCAAUAUGGAAUAUCGAGUUCAAAGAUGAACAACAAACAGUGGAAGUAAAGGGUAAAAUGCAGGUCGGUGCCCAUUAUUUUGAGGAAGGAAAUGUGCAGUUAGAUGCAAAACAUGAAUGCAAAGAUGCAACUCUUUUUCAGGCCCCUGAAGAUUGUGCACUUGCCAUAACAAGCAUUAUUCGUCACCAUGAAACAGAGCAUCAUAUCUAAACCUUCCUGAUUCUACUUUCAAGGAUCUUCGGAGAAAGCUUCCUGUCACCCGCACGUUAUUUCCAUGGCAUAAUACUUUGCAGUUCAGCUUGACAAGAGACAUCUCAAAAGAACUUGGCAUUGGAAAGUAAAUACACUACAUUCACACAGAACAAAUAAAAGUUUGUGUUUACUCGGUGGUGACAAGUUCCUCAUAUAUUCACUACAUGUCAUUUGAUCAAGUCAAUCAUUCUUUGGGUUGACGUUCGUUAUAUUCACUCAUUUGCUUAACAAAGUACCCUCCUUUGUCUGAGUAAGUGAGUAUCUUCCGCCGAUGUACUGUAGUGUACUGUAAUUCUUUUUUUGACAUUAUUUGUAUAGCAGAAGAGUUCCUGUUUGUUUCUAGCCAAUAGCCAUCAUCAUACCUAAACUUUCGUGAUUGCAAUUAGAAAUAUUGCAAGAAGCUGCUGCUCACAUUAUGAUUGUGCUUAUUAUUAUUGUUUAGGAUGUUGUCUAUUUGAACGUUUUAUUAUAAAAUAAAAUAUUCCAAAGUUGGAUUAAA